GGGGUGUCCGCUCGUUAUUGAAUCAAAUCAUAAGCUGGGUACUGACAUCCAGUAGUCUCGUUGUAGUUCAACGCCCUCUCAGCUCUGAGCUGAUAAGUAAUGCUGGCAAUGAGAUACUUAGCCGAACAUGAACUCCGAAAAUUCAGGCUUGGACAUAAAAGCUCGGCAUACGGCUUCAGACUCUUGCAAUAUAAUCAUCAUACACUCUCAAUCUUCCAGAGCAUAACAUCCUCAUCGAAUACUUCUCAAUCCAGAAAGGAUCCACAACUGUUACCACAAUCUUGCCACAAUUUAACCAAUCAUGGGUUGGAAGCAAUGGGCUCUCCUCCGCUUCUGUAACAAAUCCUUCGACGACACCUUGAGACUCAAGUUCCCAAACACUUCAGAGCAUUGGGGCUGGCCUUUCGAGGACACAAAAGACAUAAGCACCCGCAAUCGGAUCGAGUACGGUACCAUCGAGGGUAAAGCUAUUGGUCCCCACGAGGAAUUUUCCUAUGGCCAAACAGGAAAACAGAACGAAUGGGCAGGGAUGGAGGGGACUGUCGAUGUGUAUGUCAGGACUUCCACUGGAGAUUGUGGACAAAAAGUGGCCAAAAUUUUCUACUCUUGUCCUUGGGCUGGUUCAAAUCAAUUCAGGAUAACCGAUGUACCAGCGGACUGGCAUGCGCAGCAGUGGGGCGCUGAUUACAAUGGUGAUGCUUUGGGAUCCAUCUGUAUCGAGUUUAAGAGAAUCUAAAGACCCGGAAGUUGACGCUUUUCAGCAUGCCAUAUGUGGUAUUUCGCUGGCGAGAUAGGUUGGAUCUUACUGUCAGCGCUAUAUCAUUACUUGUUUUGAGCGAUGGUUUCUGUCUUAGAGAAUCUACUUCGAUGAUCGAUCAAUCAAAAGAUACGUGCGCUUCUGAUAUUCUCGCAUCAGAUUGAACUGUUUCUUGGACUGUGAUAUCUCUAUAUUGCUCUCGAGUAACGCAGAAUAAGACUCC